UAUCGUCCGUAUCGUCCGUAUGUAGCAAGCGUAGCAAGGAUGUGGCUCCGAGAUGGACGAGAGCGAUUGGUGCCAGAACAACAUGGCGGGAGGUGACAUGCUGCUGGAAAGCGGUGCUACCACUGGUCCCAUUGGUGUCCCGGAAGAGUGAGAAGAUUGGGGAAGCUCCAGAGGCUCUGACAGCAGCUCUGGAGUCAGUCCUGGAAUCAUUGGCGAGAGAGGGAGGGAGGAAGGGAGGGAGGGAAGGACUGAGAACAGUCCAGGUUGGGACCUAGGCCACGACUGGCUACUGAAUUGGGAGCCUAAGCUGAGGAGGACCUAAAUGAUGAUGAUGAUGAUGAUGAUGAGCGAGUGAGUGAGUGCAUCCAGGGUUGUUCAGGAUUCACUGGGCAGAGUGUACCGGAUCGUUGUGGCAGAAGGCAAAGAAUUGAUUGGGCCAAAGGGUGUUGGGGUGAAGACUGAGGACUCGGAGGACGAGACUGGAAACUGCAGGGAAUUCGGAAGACCAUCCAUCCAUCCAUCCAACUAUCCAACUAUCCGUCUGGCCAACACGAAAUAUACAUAUACAAGCCCUCACUACUCAGUUCUUCUGAAAGACAGGGAGGCAGGGAGGCAAUAGAAGCGAUAGAUGAGGAGGAGGAGGCCUUGAAAAGCCACGGCUGGACCCUUGCCUGCGAUUCUAGCCCACGGACUCGAGAGAAGAUCUGAGAGGAAAGAGGCAAUUAUCAGAGAGAAAGAAACCGAUAUCAUAUCCGGGUGAAUCGCUUUAGCCCCGGAUUGAUCGAGGCAGAUCGGAUAAGUGUUGUGAAUCCGUGAAUCCGGGCGUGGUGAGGCCUUCAGGCUAAUGUGCCAUAUCGUUGGGGACGAGAUCCAAAUCCCUUGAGAGCCUGAGAGGCACUAAGCGUCGGCUAAGGCCAUCCUGUCAUCCCCACCUCGAGGUCAGUUCAGAAAUAGGCCCGGAUGCCAAACUCAUAGCUCAUUGUGACGAAAUUAUGGGCCAGUGCUUAAGUCGGGCCCGACCCGUGGGCGGCAACUUGUCCUCGAAUGCGAUCAAACAGCCUGAUGUGACGGGUGCUAACAACGGAUUUUCGAGCGUGGGGGGCACACCCAUGGGUCAUGGAGGCGAGACCUUGGGAAUCAGCCUCAAUGGCACACCUCGCUCCGCCAAUACCGAGAAUCCCAAUCGGCCUUUGCCCGAUCCCAUGGAGACGGCCGCUCAAAAUAAUAGUAAAAUAUUCGUGGCCUUGUACGAUUACGAUGCUCGGACGGAUGAAGACUUGUCCUUUAAGAAAGGUGAACACUUGGAGAUCCUCAACGAUACCCAAGGGGAUUGGUGGUUUGCCUUAUCCAAGGCCACCAAAUUGCAAGGCUAUAUCCCAUCAAAUUAUGUGGCCAAACUCAAAUCCAUCGAAGCCGAACCGUGGUACUUUGGUAAAAUCAAACGCAUUGAGGCCGAGCGACGUCUUUUGCUCCCUCAAAAUGACCAUGGCGCUUUCUUGAUCCGGGACUCGGAGUCUCGCCGAAACGACUAUUCUUUAUCCGUUCGAGAUGGCGAGACCGUGAAACAUUACCGCAUUCGUCAGUUAGACGAGGGAGGGUUCUUUAUCGCCCGUCGAACCACAUUUCGCAGUCUACCCGCUUUGGUUGACCAUUACACCGAGGACGCAGACGGACUCUGCGUUAAUCUCAAGCAACCUUGUGUUCAGAUUGACAAGCCCAUCACCGCUGACUUGUCCCACUGCACCCAAGAUCAAUGGGAAAUUGACCGAUCCAGUCUUAAGUUUGUGCGUAGACUGGGUAGUGGUCAAUUUGGAGAGGUUUGGGAAGGCCAGUGGAACAAUACCACCCCCGUGGCCAUCAAAAGCCUGAAACAAGGCGCCAUGGACCCGCGGGAUUUCUUGGCCGAAGCGCAUAUCAUGAAGAAGCUCCGCCACCCCAAACUCAUCAAGCUAUACGCUGUGUGCACCCUCGAAGAACCCAUCUACAUUGUUACGGAGCUCAUGAAAAAUGGCAACUUGUUGGAGCAUUUGCAAGGCAAAGGUCGAAACCUGAAACUGCCGCAGCUCAUCGAUAUUGCCGGCCAAAUCGCCUCAGGCAUGGCGUAUUUGGAAUCUCAGAACUAUAUUCACCGUGAUUUGGCCGCUCGCAACGUUCUUGUCGGCGAGAACAACGACGUUAAAGUGGCUGAUUUUGGCUUGGCUAGACUUCUAAUCAAAGAAGACGAGUAUCAAGCCCGUGUAGGGGCUCGAUUUCCAAUCAAAUGGACCGCUCCAGAGGCAGCCAAUUACUCGAAAUUCUCCAUCAAGUCCGAUGUGUGGAGCUUUGGCAUCCUCCUCACCGAAUUGGUCACUUAUGGCCGAACCCCUUACCCUGGAAUGACCAAUGCAGAGGUACUCCAUCAAGUGGAGCACGGUUAUCGCAUGCAAGCUCCCCAAUCAUGUCCCCCACAAUUGUACGAGAUCAUGACGGAGUGCUGGCACAAGGAUCCACUCAAAAGACCCACUUUUGAGACAUUACAAUGGAAGCUGGAGGAAUUUUAUACAAUGCCAGACUCGGAAUAUCGCGAUGCCGGCCUAUGUGACUUAGAGCGUUCGUUCUAUGUGCGACUUAUCUUAAGAUUGCAGCCCUGGGCCUUAAAAUUCUUUAGGAAUUGUGGCCCAUCUAUGAGCCACAGGAGUGAAACUAAUAGGUUUCACCUUAGUACACCUUGCUCAAGCAUCAUCGAGGACACCAAUCGACCUCUUCCCGAUCCCAUAGACAUGAGGGCCAAACUCAAAUCCACCAAAGCCGAACCGUGGUACUUUAGUAAAAUAAAACGCGAAGAGGCCGAUCGAUGUCUCCUGCUCCCUCAAAAUGACCAUGGUACUUUUUUGAUCAGAGUCUCUGAGUCUCAUCGACACGAAUAUUCUUUAUCCAUUCGAGAUAAUGAAGCCGUCAAGCAUUACCGCAUUCGCCGAUCAGAGGACAAAGAAUUUUUCAUUUCUUGUCGAGCCAAAUUUCGCACUCUACCAGCUCUGGUUAAACAUUACACUGAGAAUGCAGACGGCCUUUGUGUAAAUCUCAAGCAACCUUGCGCUCAGAUUGACAAGUUCAUCCCACCUAGCUUGUCCCAAGGUACCCAUGACCACUGGGAAAUUGACCGAUCCGAUCUUAAGUUGGUGCGUAAAUUAGGUACCGGUAACUUUGGUGUAGUUUGGGAAGGUCUUUGGAAUAAGACUAACCUCGUGGCCAUUAAGAGCCUGAAACAAGGCGCCAUGGACACGACGAAGGACUUCUUGAAAGAAGCGCAAACCAUGAAAAAGCUCCGCCACCCCAAACUCAUCAAGCUAUACGCUGUGUGCACCCUCGAAGAACCCAUCUACAUUGUUACGGAGCUCAUGAAAAAUGGCAACUUGUUGGAGCAUCUGCAAGGCAAAGGUCGAAACCUGAAACUGCCGCAGCUCAUCGAUAUUGCCGGCCAAAUCGCCUCAGGCAUGGCUUAUUUAGAAUCUAAAAACUAUAUUCAUCGUGAUUUGGCCGCUCGCAACGUUCUUGUCGGCGAGAACAACGACGUUAAAGUGGCUGAUUUUGGUUUGGCCAGACUUCUAAUCAAAGAUGACGAGUACCAAGCCCGUGAAGGGGCUCAAAUUCCAAUGAAAUGGACCGCUCCAGAGGCAGCCAAAAACUCAAAAUUCUCCAUCAAGUCCGAUGUGUGGAGCUUUGGCAUCCUCCUCACCGAAUUGUUCUCUUAUGGCCAAACUCCUUACCCUGGAAUGACCACAAAUGAGAUGCUCGAAAAGUUGGAAAGUGGUUAUCGUAUCCCAGCUCCUUCACUGUGCCCUCCCAAGUUGUACGAGAUCAUGACAGAGUGUUGGAACAUGGACCCCAUCAAAAGACCCACUUUCGAAGCAAUCCAAACCAAACUGGAAGAAUUGAAUAUUCGUUUCUUUGAACAACCGCCUCUGGGUCGUCUGGGUGCAGAAAACCUAUCAUGAAUGACUCGUAAUAAAUAAAGCACUGGAAUAAAAAAAAAGUAGACAGACGGAGAACCAAACUGAUGCG